CGUGUAUUACCUGUCUGUGAGCCGUGUCACUGCAUGUUGUUGGAUUAUUUCUCUAUAUUGGAUGUAGUUUGUUUGUGAGAAUGUGAAGCAGAACAGAAAACUCUUCUUUUAAAGUGGAUUAUCUGGCUGACAGCCUUUAAGAGUCUUUUAUUUUCUCUCUGGAUUUGUUUUUGUGCUAUGUGGAGUUAUUAUCAGAAGAUCAUACAGUGUUUUUUCUGCCUGUAUUUCUUACUCAUAAAUAGUGUGUUUGGUGUUGAUGGAGAUGAAGUGAAGUCAGUGAUGGAGGGAGAUUCUGUCACUCUUCACACUCAUCUCACUCACAUACAGACACAAGAUUACAUACGGUGGAGGUUUGGAGCACAAGAGACUAAUAUAGCUGAAAUAUAUAAGCAAAGCAUUGAUAUGUUUGACAGUAAUAAGACAUUUGGAGACAGACUGAAGCUGGACAGUCAGACUGGAUCUCUCACCAUCACAAACAUCACAAUCACAGACUCUGGACUUUAUAAAUUAACAGUCAUUAGUUUAACAGGAACUUCAUACAAGACAUUCAAUGUUACUGUCUAUGUUCAUUUCCCCGUUCCGGUCAUCAACAGAGAUUGUUCUUCAUCAUCAGAAAGAUCUCCAAAAUCAAAUUGUUCUGUGUUGUGUUCAGUGAUGAAUGUGACACGUGUGAGUCUCUCCUGGUACAAAGGAAAGAGUUUAUUGUCCAGCAUCAGUGUGUCUGAUCUCAUCAUCAGACUCUCUCUACCUCUGGAGGUGGAAUAUCAGGAUACAAACACAUACAGAUGUGUCAUCAACAAUCCCAUCACAAACCACACACAACAUCUCAACAUCAAUGAUGUCUGUCAGCCGUGUUCAGAUCCCCUACCUUCACAUUUCAUAGUGCUGAUAGCUGUCGCUGUGAUGUUGCCGGUGGUCAUAAGUGUAUUUCUAUUCUGGCGCUUCAAAAAGUGUAAAAAGCCAUCAAAACAUGCAGAUCAGACUCUGGAGGAAGAGGUACUUUACACGGAGCCAAACAUCUCUACACAACAGUUUCAUAAUACGGUAAGAUAUUUUACAUUAUUAUCUGUUUCUUCUUUGUAUUGUUUGGCUAAAGUAUUAUAUUGUAUGCAUGAUCAACAUUAGUGUGUCUGCUUGUAUCAGUUUUUUGCAGUCACCCAGUGUUGGGUCUAAAAGAGAUAACCUGUUUGGUAAAUGUAACCAGAAAAUUGUUAUAUUUAUACGUUUAUAUUUAAAACAACCAAGAAUUUAGGGUUGAAACAACCCAGACCCAGCCUUGAAAACAACUCAACCUUUUAUUUUUGGAAUGAUGCUUCGCCGGUUGAGAUUCAAUGAAAACACAAUACCAUAUCAAACCAAAUAGACAGAAACGUCACUUUACAUCCUGGCUACGUCUAUGCACUAUUGUGCUUGUACUAUUUUUGCUUUAGUCUAUUAUUGUCUGGCAUGUUUUCUUGCUAAGUGUGUGAAAUUCAUCUCGUUUAUUCAGUCCUUACUUUAAUCUUUGGUUUUUAAUUUCUGUUUUUUUUUACAGAAUGUUGUUGAAGCAAAUCACACAGAAUACUCGAGUGUAGUGACAUGAUAUGA